AUGUUUUGUUGGACUUCCCGCCUAACGACCCUCUUCCGAGGCGAUCGUUCCGAGGCGAGAGACCGUUCGCACAGCUUAUGCCUAUCGUCGACCACAAUCAGGCAGACGGGGCCCCGUGACGUGAGCACCCUGAAACUAUUGCAGAGGCGAGCAUCCAACGUCAUCUCCUCCGCCUCAGAACUCAUCUCUCGGCGAGGUGUCUUUUCCAGGCGUCAUUAUGGAUCCGUAGAACAGCUGCCGCAGACCGAAGUGGAUGGCUCGGACCAACAGGGCAGAAGGUACAGGAUAGAAAAUGGUGAAAGCAUCGGGGAAAAAGAUGAGAUGUUCGGUUCUCCUGCAACGCCAGUCUUGGAAAAUCCUGAAUAUCAAACAAGAUGGUAUUUCAAGUAUUUUCUAGGAAAAUUGCACCAGAACUACGUCGGAUCAGAUUCCGAGAAACAGCCGUUUUUUCUUAGCGUCGUUUCGAGUGAAGCGAACUCACAAUCUUUGCCGGUCUACAGGGCAAUUCUAUUCAAGAGAAGUGGAACCCAGAAAAUAUCACUAUCAAGUUCCCCUGGACAAAAGAUGACAGUCAAACAUAUCCUAAACAAAUUUCCCGGAGCAGAACGAGUAGAAAAAACGCCUAAGGAAAUUUACACAGCAGAUGUACAAAAAGAUCUUCUAUUAUUGGAAGAGCAAGAAGGAUCAGUCAAUUUCAAAUUUGGAAUAGUUUAUAUGCGCAAAGGGCAGAGCACCGACGACGAAAUGCUUAGCAACGAACAUGGUAGUACUGAAUUCGAUAAAUUUGUUCGUUUGCUCGGAGAUAAAGUUCGGCUUAAAGGUUGGGAUAACUACAGAGGCGGUUUGGAUGUUAAAGGGGACAUGACCGGAAGGCAUUCAGUUUACACUGUGUAUGAAGGCCACGAGAUAAUGUUCCAUGUAUCCACGUUACUUCCGUUCUCCAAGGACAACCGGCAACAGGUGGAAAGGAAGAGGCAUAUAGGAAAUGAUAUUGUUAAUAUUGUAUUUUUGGAAGAUUCUGAUGAAGAUGCCGAUGGAGAUUCAGAUGGAUCACUUGACGAGAUAGAAGAUUUAGAAAAAGAUGAAGCAUUGCACGCCACUUUCAACCCGGCAUCCAUAAAGUCACAAUUUACUCAUGUAUUUGCUGUAGUUAGUUGCAGACGAGGCGUUUAUCGAUUAUCAGUCUAUUGUGAUGAAUCUGUACCAUUGUUUGGGCCUUCUCUUCCAUGUCCACCAGUUUUUCGAGAUCCCAAUGCUUUUCGAGAAUUUUUACUUGUGAAAAUGAUCAACGGGGAAAAGGCUGCAUUCCAAACUCCAACAUUUGCAAGGAAACGAGAACGUACAUUGGAUAUGCUGAUAAAGGAUUUGUAUGCCGAGCAUAUGAAUGAUUCCAGAAUGACGAUGCUAAAUAGAAGAGCUUUCUCUGAAGUACUAGCGGAUGCACCAAGAGCUUCACGACUCAAAGAAGACGCACGUCAAAUCGAAUUUGUUCGCGUCGGCCAAGCUUUAAAAUUGGACGCGAUCGUGAAAGGCGAUGCGCCUACAUCUACUUUAGGAGUCAGUUGUUGUGGAAGUGGUUCCACAAUAUUCAAGAGAGCUCCUUGGGAACCCGAAUGUUUUUAUCCAGAAUUCCCCGAUGUGAGAAUUGAUUGUGCUGAUAGCUGGGGAGACUAUAGCCUUUUCUUGGGAACGGAAGAUGGUUUAUAUGUUGUUGAAGAUGGAAAUGCACAUAUCCUGGUAUUUGAUCGCUCAUUACAAGUUAAGCAAGUAAGUGCGGUGGAAGCGCAUGGACUGUUACUGGUUCGAGCAGGGACAAAUGGAUCUGGUAGCUCUCGCGUACACGUAUUCAGAUUAGAUGAAUUUAGAGGCGCGACUUCUGGAUCCCCACCACAAGUGCGAACAAGACUUGAUGUAAAAGAUAGAAGAAUGGACAAAACUAGAGGCUGCCAUCUUUAUGCAAUUUCCAGACCAGGAGGAGCGUACUUAAAAAUGGCAGUAGCAGUUGGCAAAAGAGUUUUAUUAUUCCAGUGGCGACACACAGCGGCAUGGACUGCCUGGUGUCCUGCCAGUGAUACUGAUACAGUAGAAGGAUUUACAUUUAUUAAGGAAAUAUCUCUGUGCGAAUCACCAACGCUGAUGACUUUACUUGAUGGUCCAGUCGCAAUGCCCAAAUCUCCAAGUGCAAAAUCUACGACGCAAAAUGGUAGCGCAACUAUUCCUUGUGCAUCAGGUUGCAUGUGCGUUGGCUACAAGAAUCACUUCGAAUUAGUCAAUGAAAGCACAGGACAAACACAUAAAGUACAUAGUGUGGACACAGGAAACAAAGUGGAUAUGGUGGCAGCGCUUGACCUUUAUGAAGAUCAAGAAGUUGAGCUAUUACUAUGCUAUGACCAUACUUGUCAUUUUCAAAAAGUGAUAGAAGAUGGGGGUUCCACCACAGAGUACGACUUCUAUUGGAAUACUGUUCCUUCUUCAAUAGUGUGCGCUUUUCCUUAUAUCAUUGCUUUCACCUCGGAUUCGAUGGAAAUCCGUCUCCUGGUCAAUGGAAAUUUGGUCCACACUCUUUCGAUGCCACGUUUACAGUUAUUGGCUAGUAAAUCGGAUGUGUACUUCUGCAGUACUGCUCCUGAAUUUAGACCUGCUACAAAUCCAUCUUGUGUUGAACGACCAUCAAUGAAUCACAAUAAUCACAAAAACCACAAUGCUGCAAAAAUUCCUAUGGACAACUGUUCUGUGACGCCUAAUCAUUCACCGCCACCACAUUCUUCUUCAUAUGAUAACAAUUCGAAGCCAUUGCGAUUAUAUCGGAUACCAGUUGCUCAUCUUAGUGGGACUAGUGCAAUAUCUGAACAUGGUCGUAGACCACCAAGUGCAGGGAAUAGAAGGUAUUCAAAAUUUGCAUCAAGUGGUGACAAAAGCAUCGCAAAAAUUACAGAGGAAGACAGAACAAAUAGUACGAAUCAAGAUUUUCUAGUACCUCCUAGAAGAGAGUUUUCAAGAAGUUGUUCAAGUUCGCCUACGCCUGCUUCUAACAAAUUUAAUACUUCUUUCUAAACUUAAACUUGUGAUAAAUCGAACUUAAAACUGUACUUAAUUAAGUUAUUA